AUGUCAAAUUCUUCAUCCAAUGAAAUCCAACCACACGUUCAAGCCAUUUCCAAUCUUUCCGAUAGAAUCGCAUCCACAAUAACAUCUCUUGAGAAUCAUGUAAAUGAUCAUCUCUCCAAGGAACAAUUAAUUUCCAUAUUUUUCCAUGAUGAAUCCGAGUAUCAGUCCUCAACUUUGCAAUAUACGGCUCCUUUCAAGGCUACAAUUAGAAUUUGUACACCUCCUAACGAUCAAGAAUCUUGUAUUAUUAAUUCAUCGGAAGAGUUUCAUCUCUAUGUGAUGAGUGAGCACUUGUUAUUGUUUAAUAUGGUACAUGCUUACAAGAUUCACUUUUCUGAUAUUCUAAUGCAUGGUGUUCAGAAACAACCACAAAUUUGUAUGUAUUGUCAAUUGGCUUGUGAUACUGGAGUUGCCAAAGAUGAAAAGGAUGAAUCACAAAUGGAUGAAGAUGAUGAUGAAGGAUUUGAAAGUGUUUGUGAAAUGAUUAUUCAAUUGCAAGUUCAAUCAUCAGCUUUGGAACAAAUUUAUAAUCAAAUGUAUCAGGCCUUUUCGAGAGCUGCUGAAAAUGUACCUCUCUCUGAUAUGCAAGAUGAUGAUGAAAAGUAA